GCAUAGUGAAGGUCUACCCUGUCAUGUCAUUAGUUGUCACUUUGUUAGAAAAAGAUUGUAUGCUCUUUGGUCAGGGAAUAGAAAUCUUCAAUUUUUCGUAGGUAACGUUACGUUGGUGGUUGGUGUUGCGUAUACGAAGUCUUCUGAAUAUUUGCUGUAUAUUUAACAACAAUGUUUGGUUUGCUACUCACAUUGCUGGGCUGGGUGGGGCUGAGCCCCGUGCCCUUCCUGGCGGGAGUCAUAGGGGCAACUGAACCAGCACUCAAGCUAUUGAUAUCCAUAUUGAUAGCAUACCCACUUGCUAUUGUUUACCACAAACAUGUGCGACAACAUGUGGAAUACAGGAACUUAUAUUUCAUAGCAACGGGGUUAGACAUGGCUUAUUACAACUUUGGUAUCUCUAUGUACCAUAAUGCCAUACCAGCUCUAGUAAUAUAUCUUACCACCAAGUUCUUUGGUCCAGGAAAGAUAAACGCAAUUAUCACCUUUGCUUUCAAUAUGACAUACCUGCUUGCUGGCUAUGUGGUGACUGAGUCCGAAGAUUAUGAUAUUACAUGGACUAUGCCCCACUGCGUGCUGACCCUCAAGUUGAUUGCGCUGUCCUUUGAUUUAUGGGAUGGAAAGAAGAUGCUAAAAGGACAGGAACUAUCAGCAAACAAUAAGCUAACAGCCCUAGAGAGCUCACCUUCAUUUUUGGAGCUGAUUGGAUUUGUAUAUUUCCCAGCGUGUUUCCUAGUCGGACCCAUAUUUUCGUUCAGGCGUUAUAAAGAUUACAUCACUGACAAGUUUCCUUUGGAUAAAGAAACUGCCGUUUACGAAGCACAAGCCAUCAAACGACUUGUUCAAGGAUUGGUCUAUUUGGUUGCAUAUCAAGUUGGAGUUACUGUAUUUAGUAUGAAAUAUAUGCUGUCGGACGAGUUCAGGGAAACGUCUAUUUUCUACCGUCAUUUCUACUGUGGACUUUGGGCUCAUUUUGCUUUGUACAAAUACAUUUCCUGCUGGCUACUCACCGAAGCAUCAUGCAUCCGAUUUGGGCUAUCAUACAAUGGAAUGGAGACCAAGGGCUACCCGCAGGUGAGCAAGUGGGAUGGUUGCAACAACAUCAAGCUGCUGCGGUUCGAGGGCGCCACGCGGUUCCAGCACUACAUCGACAGCUUCAACUGCAACACCAACUACUUCGCCGCGGAAUACGUGUACAAGAGACUCCGCUUCCUCGGUAACCGCAACCUCAGCCAGCUAGUCACGCUCGCGUUCCUCGCGCUAUGGCACGGCACUCAAUCCGGGUACUACAUGACGUUUUUCAAUGAAUUUAUUAUCAUGGUCAUGGAGAAAGAUGUCGAAGUUAUGCUUACCAAAACACCGUUUUAUAAUAAGAUAUGGGAUAACACCUUCCUGAAGUAUCUCUUGUACAUUAUUCUUAAAACGUACACGAUAGUAUUUAUGGGCUGGAGUUUGGCACCAUUCGACGCCAAGAGUUUCUCGAAAUGGUGGUCCAUAUACGCCAGCUUAUAUUUCUCAGGAUUUGUCUUAUUCUUGCCGUGGGCUUUUGUCUAUAAACCGCUUAUCAAAUCGGGAUUAAAAUCCUUAGAACAGAAUAAAUCAAAAACUCAAUAAUUUUAAGUUCGAUAGUUUUAAUCAUUAAUAACAAUGCGUUAGUACCUUUUCACGCGCUCCAGUUGCCGGGCAUCCGGCGGAGAAUGUACAUUAGAACGUACCGGUACAUAUAUAAUUAAUCUAACGUGGCUAUACUCGCCGGGCUACCAGCCCCGGAUACUGGAGCGUGAAAAAAGGCCUUAGGGUCUAAGGUUCUUUAUGAAACAGUUAUUGUUCUACAAGGUACCAAAAUCGUGCAACUCAGUAUAAUAAACAAUAAUAGCUUUAUUUUAUUUUUACUGUAUUGCGUUACUCGAUUAUGAUAUCACAUAGGGUAAUUUGUUAGAUUUUCGCAUUUAGCAUAAUACUGAUGGUUCAAAGAGUUAACUGUCGCUUGUCGUACAUAUACAUAAAUAACAAAAAUUGCCUAAGUACAAUUCGGAGUUAUUGCGCAGGAUGCGCACGACCAGACAUGUGCCGUCUAUGAGACGCUGAUACUACUACAUUGGGCUCGGCUGCUGGUCGUGACGUUUUAGACAUUUUACAUUAUAAAUAUUAAUCAUGGUUGUAUUUAUUUGUAUUGUUUUUGACGGAAUACAUAAAUAGUUGCCACGUCAGUGAAUCUUGUUGAUUUUCUUUAUUAUACAGUUUGAAAUGAGAUCACCCAGCUUCCAUACAUUUUUGAACUAAUUCCAAAAAUCAAAAAAUAAACCUAUUAUUUGAAUAGUGCAGCAUACGAACAUGUUUAUUAUUACACAUACGAGUCGUUUGGCAAUUAGCUGAGAUCGUAUCAAUUCGCAAAAUAUAGUACAGUACAUUCAGUAUACAGUUAUGCAGAAUAGGAUUAAAUUACAUAAUACUAUUGUUUUACAAAAUUUUAUAUGCGUGGGCCCAAUUUGGGCGAUUUGCUUCAAAACAGUCCAAUAAUGUAGGUAAAUUUCGCCCAAUCAAUGUAUGGAUUCUAUCGGUAGAUUCGUAGAUUCUACAUAAUUACUUAGGCAGAUAUCCCUUAUUUCUCUGGGUAUCUCGACAAUAAUAUUGAUGGAAUUCUUAACUAGACUGUUUAUUACUGCCAUAGUACCUACUACAUACAGGACCCGGCGAUAAAUAUUAGUUUACUUGAUUGCACGGUUGGCGCGGUGACUGAGUUCGAUUCCUGCUCGGAGGAAUUCAGCGUGUUCACAAAAUGUUGUUUCGGGUGUCAUGUGUAUGUGUUGUAUGUUAAUAAAUGCCCCCACGAUACAGGAGGUUAUCCUAGUGUGAGUCAACAUGGUAUUUCAAAAAAAAAAGAUUACUCCUGUAAACGCAGGAUGAUAUUCCUAGUGUGGGGCAAACAAAAAAGAAGUGUAACAUCACACACAAAAUUGUCUCUUUCUAAAAUUGGAUGUGCAAUAUUUAUUGCUGGGGCCUGUACAUAGUAGUAGCCAUAGUAAUGUAUACCAUUUUUGCCUGUUUUACCAGUGUCUUAAGGUUAUUUAUUUACACUGCCGCUGAAUAAGCCUUUGCGAAAUUAAUAUUAAAACUACUGAUUUGCCGGUAAUAAUCGUGAUAGAUAGACUCCUGGUACUCCCAUAAUAUUAAAAAAAUCAUCUUCAUCGUAAUUAUAUUGGACUAUAAAAGGGCACGACAUGCAUUUAGUGGACUGCUUACGCAACAUUAGCGCUUAGGUAUUCAUAUUUUACACGGUAUGUAUUUUUAUACCAAAAUUGGAUAAGUAUGUAUAGUAACUCCUUUCGCACAAUUUCUAUUCCUUAUCAAUUUGUAAUAUUAGAUUAUAUUAAUUAUGUAUUUCUUUAAAUUUCGUUGCUCAAAAUUGUUAGCUUCUAAUUCUUCUGAAGUAAUAAGUAAUUUGAUUGGAUUAAGUACCUCAUUGGUCGAGGUGUAGCUGGCGCUUCUACAAUUCCAAGCUAAGUCCGAUUAAGGUUUGCCGUUUCGAAAAGUGACUGUUACACCCCAUCUGAACACCUGUCUACACCUUCGAGGAUAAAAACAUCCUACAUACUAUUGAACAUUUCGGCUACCUACUUUAUUAAGCUUUAAACAUAAUGCCACUUCUAAAAUAUGUAGAAAAUGUCAUCACCUUUUUACAGCAUGCUACCUUCAGUACGAUGCCCAAAACCCUGGCAGAUGUCAUAUUGAAAUGGGACCAAUUUUGAAGUAUUUGAGAAGAGUAUCUUCAAAAGCGUACUGUUGAUUCUAAAUUAAAUAUAUGCACAUCAGCUGUUCCCUAUUUAAAUUAAAUGUUUCUGUACAUUAUUCAUUACUUGAAUAGUGGCCAGUCUCUUAUUAUCCAGCACUAUAUGUUUUCCAAGUUGGUUAUUUAAAAACGGAAUGUUCAAUUAGAAUGUAUUCCCACAUCGUAUGAAGUUUAAUAAGAUUUCGUUAGAAAUUUCCUUCAAUUCAUUUCUUAUACUUAUAAAAUUCAACCCACAAAAAUGUUCUACUGCAUUACACAAACACCUUUGAUAUUUAUGUAUUGUAUGACUACUAUGUAUUUUUAAAACGUUCAUUAAUUUGUUCCUUCAAAAUUGUUAGAUUGUAGCACUUUAAUUUGGCACGGUAAAUGACGCAGAGUAUUGAGUUUUCUCGGUUUAUCGAAAAAUUCUUAGGAAUAAACUUGAUUUGGAAUAUUUAAAAUUUCAUGAAAAGUGGUACAUUAUGGUAUAUGUUCACCUCCCUUUCGAGGAUUGGAAGGCGUGAUGUUAUGGUAUAUCUAACAUAUAAUUAUAGAUUCCAAAAGAUUACAAGUUGAAUGUUUAUCCGUAAUUAAAUAAUGUUUAAUAGUAUCUGUUUAAUAUAUUUUUAUUUCACAAAGCAGCUAUGUCAUGCAUGCUCUGUUUGCUUUCGACCGUAAUUAUACGAAUCAGUAAUUUUUCCAUUAUGCUUAAGUACUCGAUUUUACUAUUAUUGCCCAUAAACGUAUGAUUUAUUAUCGAGUAAAUGAAAACCGAUAUUCCUGGGUAGUAAAACAGAUUCCGAUGACUUUAAAACCUCUUGCUGGGAAGUCGGUUAUUAAAGAAAAUUAUUAAACACUUCACGUCUCGGUGUGAUUUGUACGGAAGAAGGGGGCAUCUUAGAACAGGUCUACAUUAGAAAUUGUUAAUUAUGAGUAAAAUUAAACAAACCCUAAUAUAAAUCGUGUUUCCAUAUUAGGUAAAAUGUAAAAAAAAAUAUAUCACGGCGCCUCCUUCUCCCCGAAAAUCAAAUACUAAUUUGUUCCUAUUCUGUCAUUUUAAUUUGAUCAUUACUUGAAAUCGCGCGACUUUUCAUUAACAUGGCUUUAGUCAUAGACUGACAGAUAUCAUUCGAUUGCGUGUCUUAUGCAUCAAUCAUCGCCUUCUCAUUACUCAUUAUUCUAUAUAGUAAACAUUUAGAUAAUAAUAUUUAUCUCCAACUAUCUCUUCCCUUUUCAAUAAAUAUAAAUGUAACAAGACAUUAGUAUUCUCACGUACAAUUAAAUACAUUGAUCAAUUAAAAACUUUAAGAGUUAAGUGUAAGUUAUUGGAUACUACAGUUUGCUAUUAAGUAUUUCUCAAUACAAAAUGUUUCCUAUUUCCUAGCUAAACAAGCGAUGUAGCACGUAAGUUCCCUCGGAUAUUGCCUAGCCUACAGAUUAAAAACUUGUGCUCUUAAACCGUUUGGAUUUACCGUAGAUUGUUAGGUUAGAAACUAGUCUGAUAAAUAUAAUAAUUAUAGUAUAUAAAUAAAAACAAUUCAACUAAAUAGUGGAAAAGGGCUGUAAUAGUUGUAGCCUUAUUUUUUACGAUUGUUGCUUAGUUAGUAGUAAAAUAUAACCUUACAACGCCAAUUCAGCCUCAUAAAUAUAUUGUCCAGUUUAUAUGUUACAACAGGUGAUAGGUAAUUACAUACGUAUAUAGUGGUCCAGGGAUUGGAGGAUAACUACGUUAUGCAAUUAGUGUAUUGCCUUCUGUUAAUUAAAGUUAUAUUGUGCAACAUGAUAAUAGAAAAAUAUAAUCUGCCUGGUUGACUUCAAGUUAGGAAUUUAUCAGAGUAGCCAAAUAUAUCACACGUUAACAUAUUUUCUAUCGGACACAAAAACAAAACUACGUGAAAUGUACAUUUGCUGAAGGAUAUUCUAUUCUAUACAUUGCUUAGGUAUUGUACGGAAACGGAUUAUACAAAUUGCGUAUAAGACAUAAUAUAUUAAUCCAAAUUCUUUGAUAUUAUAAUAAUUUUAUUUCUAUUUUAUUUCUCUUUCUUUUGCUUUUGCUAACUGUAAAUGAGUUAUUUUAAAAACAUUGUAUCUCUCCAUUUUUGUGGAUAACUUGCAUGAUUACAUGUGCUACUUAUCUUACCAUCAUGGGACCAAUUAGAUAUUAUGUGGAAAACGUUUAUCUAAAAUUUAAUACAAUACAACCUUCUAUUUGAAAAAAAUAUAGGUCCUUAUGUCCAGAAUAGCCACAAUGUUUAUAAUGUUUUUAAAAUAACAUGCUUAUGAAUAACAACUGCAUAAAUGAAAGAACAUAAUAUUUUCAAAUUAAUUGUGAUUUCAUGUACCUUAUAAUUUCUAUUUUCGAAUGAUAAUGGUUAAAUGUAUGUUAUACGUACAUAAGAAGUAAGUGUUAAUUAUUAUUAUUUAGGCCAAUGAACGGGUAUCUAUUGAAAUUUUUGAAGGUAUAACCUUCCUUUUGGGGUUCGACGCGGUCGGGUGAGAAUAUCUACAAUUAUAAUGUCAAUGUUCGUCAUUGUCAUAUUAUCAGUUUAAGACGUCGACUGCCGAACAUGCCUUCAUUAUUAUACCUCUCAAAAUUUUAAUAGAUACCCCAAGAUCGUUUUGCAAAUUAAUGUUAGUUAAAAGGUUGACAUAAAUUAUUAUUGUCCAUGCGGGAUAUAGGAUUGGUAAAAAACGUAUCUAUAUAAGUAUUUGCAUAUUGUUCGGCUAUCUAGAUAAUUUGAAUCAAACUAUCACAGAAACUUUGCAGUGUAUUUAUUUGCGUUACUUUGAAACUGUUGAAGCAUUUGACUGUUUAAGUAAUAUUUCUCAAAUUAUGUACAGUACAGUCGUGUAUCAGUUGUAUUGUUAACAGCGUUUUGAUUUUAAAAGUGUAUUGUUGUUAUGACAUACUGUAUGAAAAAGCAAACCUGUUUGCCUUCAAGAUAUUAUUACUUAUUUGGUCAAAAUGUAAAAUACCAUUGUCAAAACAGUGGAUUGAUCGUAUUGUUGAAUUAGUAUUGAUAUUUCCAAAUGUAUGCAAAGGUUCUAUAUCUUAUUGUAAUUAUUAAAUCACGUAGGUAUAUAGAUAGAACAAUUUACAAGUCGAAUACCAUGAAACCACGUUUAUUUAAUUAUGAAAAGUUUAUAUUAUAAAGAGAAUACAAUUAUAAUUGAAUAUAA